AUACUUUCACCAUUUCCCUGUCUUUCUUUUAGAUCUUUAUGCAUCUUCUUCGCAUCUUUACAUUGCCAUCUUUAUCCUUGUGAAAAUAAGUUACCCAAAAUUUCGAUCUUUUUUCUUCUUUUCAUUCUCUCAUCCUUGUUUGUGAAUUAUACAUCAAAUAUCAUGUCCAUCUUGAGCAAAUCCGACACCAUGGCCACUCCGUCUUUCCAUGAAUUAAAGAAACAAGCUUCUUUCUUUUUCAAGGAAAAAAUCAGGACUGCUAGAUUAGCCCUGACUGAUGUUACCUCUGCCGAACUGUUGACUGAAGAAGCCAUCAAUGGAAACCCUGAUGCAAGAUCUUUGAGUUCAAUAUCAAAGGCAGCUUUUGAGGUUGAUGACUACUGGAGAAUUGUAGCUAUUCUCCAUAAAAGAUUGCUGAAAUUUGAAAAGAAAAAUUGGAGACUUUCCUACAAUUCUCUCAUCAUUCUCGAACAUCUCUUAACUCGUGGACCAGAGAGUGUAGCAGAAGAGUUUCAAACUGACAAAGAUGUUAUUAACCAAAUGGGAUCCUUCCAAUAUGUUGAUGAAAAAGGGUUCAAUUGGGGGAUAUCAGUGAGGAAGAGAUCAGAGAGGAUAUUGAAUCUCCUUGACAAACGGCCCGUUCUCAAAGAAGAGAGGGAGAAGGCAAGGAAGUUGACAAGAGAAAUUCUAGGAUUUGGAAGCUUCUCCUUGAGAUCAAAGUGUCAAGAAAUUGUGGAACAUUCUUCUUCUUCACCCAUUGGAAGAUAUGGAAAAUGCAAUUCAAACUUCAAUAGUCUUGAGAAUCUUGAGCAAGAAGAACAUUUGGUUUUGUUAGAACAAAAGGAAGUGAUUUCAGUUAAUGAUUAUCAUCAUCCUUUCAUCAUCGACGAAUCGAAGUCGAAUGCUUCAUUGCUGUUGGGAUAAUGACAGAGGAAUUUGGAAUUGUUUUUUUGAGUUCCAUUCAUGAUUCAGUGUCAUAUUUACAUGUACUUGAAUAGAUUGACAUAAAAAAAUAAACAUGCUACCAACGAAAGUAAAAGGGUCUUCCUUUUUUUUUUUCUCUCUCUCUAA